UGUGGGCAGAGUGGGAUGGAAGACUGCAUUGGAAACCUUUUCAUGGAAAUGGUCUUUGCUGUUGGUAUCGCUAUAGCACCAUUCUGGUGACAACAACAUGCCGUUAAAAUGGAAAAGCGGUUCUCCUGUCAGCUGGAAAUUCCCAGUGCCAGUCCUUAAGACAUCCAGGUCCUCACCCCUUUCGCCUGCCUACAUAUCCCUCGUGGAGGACGACGACGCUCACAUGAAAGUUGCUCUGGGCUACGGUGAUAUGGGCAUUUCUGCUCAUCUUCAGGCAUCAAAGACAGGCAACACUCGAUUUUUCACAAGCAACACACACAGCUCAGUGGUUCUUCAGGGAUUUGACCAGCUGAGGAUAGAAGGUUUACUAUGUGACGUCACAUUGGUGGCUGGGGACGGCGACGAAGCUUUCCCCGUACACCGCGCCAUGAUGGCCUCCUCCUCCGACUAUUUCAAAGCCAUGUUCACAGGUGGAAUGAAAGAACAGGAUUUAAUGUGCAUCAAGCUCCAUGGGGUCAACCGAAUAGGCCUGAAGAAAAUCAUUGACUUUAUUUACACAGCCAAGUUGUCACUCAACAUGGAGAAUCUGCAGGACACACUCGAGGCAGCAAGCUUCUUACAGAUCCUUCCUGUACUGGACUUUUGCAAAGUUUUUCUCAUAUCUGGGGUUUCUCUUGACAACUGUGUAGAGGUGGGGCGCAUUGCCAACACGUAUAACCUCACAGAGGUGGACAAAUAUGUCAACAAUUUCAUCCUGAAGAACUUCCCCUCGCUGCUGGGCACAGGAGAGUUUGUCAAGCUCCCGUUUGAACGGCUGGCUUUUGUACUGUCCAGCAACAGCUUAAAACACUGCACUGAGUUAGACCUGUUCAAGGCCGCUUGCCGCUGGCUACGCUACGAAGACGGCCGUAUGGACUAUGCCCCAAAGCUCAUGAAGAACAUCCGUUUUCCCCUCAUGAACCCACAGGAGCUCAUCAAUCACGUGCAGACAGUUGACUUUAUGCGCACGGACAACACCUGUGUCAACCUUCUCCUGGAGGCUAGCAACUACCAAAUGAUGCCCUACAUGCAGCCAGUUAUGCAGUCAGAACGGACAGCCAUCCGCUCGGACAGUGCCCACCUGGUCACCCUGGGUGGCGUCCUACGCCAGCAGCUAGUUGUGAGUAAGGAGUUGCGUCUUUUUGAUGAGAAGGCUCAUGAGUGGAAGGCGCUGGCACCCAUGGAUGCACCCCGCUACCAGCACGGCAUUGCAGUCAUCGGCAACUUUCUGUACGUGGUGGGCGGCCAAAGCAACUACGACACCAAAGGCAAGACAGCAGUGGACACCGUGUUCCGGUACGACCCUCGCUACAACAAGUGGAUGCAGGUGGCAUGCCUUAAUGAGAAGCGUACCUUCUUCCACCUCAGUGCACUAAAGGGACACCUCUACGCUGUCGGUGGAAGGAACGCUGCCGGAGAGCUUGCUACUGUGGAGUGCUACAACCCAAGGACAAAUGAAUGGACAUAUGUUGCCAAAAUGAAUGAGCCACAUUAUGGCCAUGCUGGGACGGUGUAUGGCGGUUAUAUGUAUAUUUCAGGGGGAAUCACUCACGACACUUUUCAGAAGGAAUUGAUGUGCUUUGACCCAGAUGCAGAUAAAUGGACUCAGAAAGCGCCCAUGACGACCGUGCGCGGCCUCCACUGCAUGUGCACGGUGGGCGACCGCCUCUACGUGAUCGGGGGCAACCACUUCCGGGGCACCAGUGACUACGACGACGUGCUGAGCUGCGAGUACUACUCCCCCGCCCUCGAUUUGUGGACACCUAUCGCCGCCAUGUUGCGGGGCCAGAGCGACGUGGGCGUGGCCGUGUUUGAGAACAAGAUCUAUGUGGUGGGCGGGUACUCGUGGAACAAUCGCUGCAUGGUGGAAAUAGUACAGAAGUACGACCCGGAAAAGGACGAAUGGCACAAAGUGUUUGACUUACCCGAGUCGCUGGGCGGCAUCCGAGCCUGCACACUCACAGUUUUUCCCCCUGAGGAUAUCUCGGGCUCACCCUCCAGAGAGUCGCCCCUCUCGGCACCUUGAUGAGUAAAGGGGGGGAGCCCAGUUUCGCUCACACCCCCAUGACCCCUCACCCACCCAACCUUCUCAACAAACACACCUUAUAGACAAUUGUUUGCACUUCCUCUUCGGACAACAUCUGUACUGCAUCCUUGAAAACCCCCUGAAGUCCACCUCCCCCAAAGCUGUGCAGAAGAAAAACCCUCCCUAAGUGAUUAUACCUACAUACCGAUACGGUUUGGCAACCUAAUUACGUGUUAAUGUUGCAUACUCGGUAUAUUUUGGCAGGAAAUACCUUGACUUGAAAAGUGACUUUGCAAAUCAACUUUUCUACCUGAUGUCUACAGCGUUUUUUUUCUAAUGUGUCGUUUCUUUAGGCAUUCUACCUUGAGAUGUUGACUACCACACUGACUCUCUCUUCUAGUCUAUGCCAGGUUGGAUGCAGGUGACCCCCCCCCCACAGAGAGCAGACGCGUAGGGACGGAUGAGCUCCGAAACACAGCCGGUUUUUAACUCAGGGGUUGGCCCAGGCCCCAUCUACGUCUUUCUCUCUCUCACAGUUUCAGUUCUUUCCUGCUAUUGCUAUGAAACUGUUAACAAAAUGGUGUUUUCUAAAUUUAAUAAACAUGAUUUUGAAAGUAAAUAAAA